UGUUAAUCUGGAAGUUUUACUUCCGGUUUAUUUUCGACACGUUAAGUUUUCACAUUUUUUAUUUAUUGAGUCUCUACAGCAUUAUAGAAGAACGAUAUAUAUGUUUGAAAGAUAAGUUUAAAGAAGUUAGCAAGAUGACAGCUCAGGAUUUACUCAAUCGGUUGCGUCAGUUCGAUGCUUAUCCUAAAACACUCGAAGACUUCCGAAUAAAAACAUUUGGGGGAGCUAUUGUGACCAUUGUGAGUGGAAUAUUGAUGAUGUUACUCUUCGUGUCUGAAUUAAACUUCUACCUUACAAAGGACGUCCAUCCAGAACUAUUUGUUGAUACAUCUCGGGGACAAAAACUAAAAAUCAAUGUUGAUAUUACAUUUCCGAGAAUAGCAUGUGCAUAUCUCAGUAUUGAUGCUAUGGAUGUCUCAGGAGAGUCACAGAUUGAUGUUGACCACAAUGUAUUCAAACAAAGAUUAGAUCUAGAAGGAAAUAAAAUAGAUAUUGAAAAGAAAGAAGAUCUGGGAGACAAGUCAGAAAACAUUACAGCAGCAGCCAAAGAUGCCUUAGAUCCUAAAAGAUGUGAGAGUUGCUAUGGUGCAGAGAGUACUGCCAUCAAGUGCUGUAAUACCUGUGAGGAUGUUCGUGAAGCAUAUCGUCAGAAAGGAUGGGCAUUCAAGGAUCCUGAUGGCAUCAUCCAAUGUUCUCGUGAGGGUUGGUCCGAAAAUAUGAAAGAGCAGAAGAAUGAAGGCUGCCAGAUGUAUGGAUAUUUGGAAGUUAAUAAAGUUGCGGGAAACUUUCAUUUUGCUCCUGGAAAAAGUUUUCAACAGCAUCAUGUACAUGUUCAUGAUUUACAACCAUUUGGAGGAAAUAAGUUCAACCUCAGCCACAAUAUAAAACACCUAUCAUUUGGUACAGAUUACCCAGGCAUGGAGAAUCCCCUGGAUAAAACUACUACAAUUGCAGAAAAAGACUUGUAA